CCUUUCCCUUUAGCUCCCGGCGGGCGGCAGCCUCUCGCUGGCUCGCAACUUUGGGGAGUUUCAGGCAGCCGCAGCGGCGGCAGCAACCCCGGGCGCAGGAAACGUCUCGGCCGGCUGCGGUUGCUUCUCCCCGGCUCUCUUCAUUGCUCUGCUGAAGGUAAUGAGAUGCCCUAAGAUCCCAGAUGUACCAUAUGAGAAGUCUGGAACGUGUUGAGGACUCUACUUCCGGCAAGCAUAAGGGGAAACAGGACCAGAGGGUAACCUACCACAGAAAGCCACCCAGCUGCGUGUGCCAGACCCACUGCUCAAGUCAGUGAAAUGCAGUGAUAUCCGGUCUCCAUCUUGACCCACAUAGAAAAAACAAGCAAGACUGAAAUACCGAAGAUGCCUCCAGAAAUGGCCUCUUCUCCCCAGACGCUGGCUCACAAACGGAGCAGCACCCAGAGGUGAACUUAUCUGCCUUGCAGCCCAGGCUCUGGGCUCUCCAACCUGACACGUCAACCUCCAGCUGAGAAAGGAGUCUGUCUAGGAAAAGAACUAGAAUCAACUGAGAGGCACAUUUUUUAAUCACCAGUUACUUUAAUGACCAUCCGCAGAGCCACCGAGUGAAAGGAAGGAGCUAGGCGGCGCGUCCCGGGCGUCAUGGUCCACCUGCUCGCCUCCGAAGUACGGCAGCUACUUCACAACAAGUUCGUGGUCAUCCUGGGGGACUCGGUCCAGAGGGCCGUGUACAAGGACCUGGUGCUCCUGCUGCAGAAGGACUGUCUGCUCACACUCAGCCAGCUCAAGGCCAAGGGAGAGUACAGCUUCGAGCAGGACGAGCUGGUGCAGGGGGGCAAGCAGGGCCGCAUGCAUAACGGCACCCACUACCGCGAGGUGCGCCAGUUCUGCUCCGGCCAGCACCUGGUGCGCUUCUACUUCCUGACGCGCGUGUACUCCGACUACGUGGAAGCCAUCCUGGAGGAGCUGCAUUCGGGUGAGCACGACCCGGACCUGGUCAUCAUGAACUCCUGCCUCUGGGACCUCACCAGGUACGGGGAGGACUCCUGGCCGAACUACCUGCAGAACCUGGAGAGCCUGUUUGGGCGCCUGCGCCAGGUGCUGCCCGAGUCGUGCCUCCUGGUUUGGAACACGGCCAUGCCCGUGGGCAACAACAUCAAUAGCGGCUUCCUCCCGCCCGAGCUCCGACCCGCGGCCUCCACACUGAAAACCAACGUGAUUGAGGCCAACUUCUACAGCUCUGUCGAGGCCCAAAAGCACGGCUUCGAUGUGCUGGACUUGCACUUCCACUUCCGCCGCCACACAGGGAAGUACCUGCAGCCCGACGGGGUGCACUGGAACGAGCGAGCGCACCGGCAUCUCUCCCAGCUUCUGCUGGCCCACGUGGCCGACGCCUGGGGGGUGGAGCUGCCCCAGCGUGACCCAGUGGGCAAGUGCAUCAAGGAUGGCCCCGCGAGGGGAGGACCUGGCCGGAGACUUGAGAGGCAGCGUCCGGCCUGCAGAGAUCAACCGGCCUUCCCUCCUCCGCACCGACCCUUGCCUCUGCCUGGGUGCUGCCCCCUGCUCCCCACGCCAUCUCCCCGCCCACCCCAGUUCCCACUUCUGCCCCCAAAACCCCGUCCCAUCCCCCUUCAGCAGGUGACACCCCCGUUCCUUGUCUGUCCCCAAGAUGCCGAUUUUUCUUCAGACCGUCCUUUCCAAUCGGAUCAGUUCUCCUUGAACCAUUUCCAUUCAGAUAUUCUCCCAUCUACCCAGACAGAAUUUGCCUUCGAUGGUGACUUUAUGUUUAGUCCCCAGCCGCCUAGGCCCCCCUUCCCCCAACCCUGUUAUCAGCAGCGGGCCCCUGUGGUCCAUAGGGGUUUUCCCCGGUAUUGUCCCCGUGGCCCCUACUUGCCCUGGAGAGGGCGGCCCAGAAAUUCCAAGAGAAGGGCCCCAGCCUAUAGAGAGCCAAGGCCUCAAUAGACUGACUUGGGUGCCUUCCUCCUCAUGCACAUGGACUGGACAGAUCGUCCGACUCUCCCCAGACAGACUGACCUUGUUAACUGAAGCCUUUGGUCCAUUGCUGUUAUCAAUAAUGGCAGGGAAGGGCAGUCUGA